AUGACGGAGACGGUUCGAACCUAUUUGAACCCUGCCCAUUUCUUCAUGCUGCUACGAGCUCACGGCACCGACUUCUUUGCUGGUGUUCCUGACUCCUUGCUGAAGGACAUUUGUGCCUACAUCACGGACAACGUGAAGCAAAGCCAGCAUGUCAUUGCAGCUAACGAAGGGACUGCACUAGCCAUGGCUGCUGGGCAUCACUUGGCCACUGGGAAGAUCGCGUGUGUCUACCUGCAGAACUCGGGUCUCGGGAACACCAUCAAUCCUCUGCUCUCUCUUUGUAGUCAGAAGGUCUACGCGAUUCCAGCGCUGCUCCUGAUUGGCUGGCGCGGAGAGCCAGGUAAGAAAGAUGAGCCUCAACACCUGCUGCAGGGAGCACUGACUCCAACAAUGCUGCAGCACAUGGGAGUUCCCUACGAGAUACUCCCAGACUAUGCUGAAGGCGCUUUCGAAGUGAUAACCAAAGCUUAUGCGCACAUGGAAAAAGAGAAAGAGCCAUUUGCUCUGCUGGUCAAGAAAGAGACGUUCGAGAAAUACAGGCUCUCAAGUCAGGCGGAGGUCUUCAACGGCCAGGACAUGCUCCAUAGAGAGGAGAUUCUGGAGGAGGUCAUAGAAUGUUUUCCAUCGGCACCCUUGGUCACUACUACGGGAUUCACAUCCCGAGAGAUGUUCGAGCUGCGGGUGCAGAAAAGUCAAUCACACCGGCACGACUUCCUCACAGUUGGAAGCAUGGGCCAUUGCUCCUCAAUUGCGUUGGGUGUGGCGCUGUCAACUGCGCAGGAUGUGCUGUGUAUUGACGGAGAUGGUGCAGCUCUGAUGCACAUGGGAUCCUUCGCGACAAUUGCCAAGUGCAGGCUCAAGAACUUCAAGCAUGUGCUCAUCAACAAUGCCGUGCAUGAUUCAGUGGGUGGUCAACCGACAGGAUCUGUUCAGAUUGAUUUUCCUGGCGUUGCGAGAGCAUGUGGCUACCAGGAGGCAAUGAGAGCCCGUAGCAGCGAAGAAGUGAAGAACUCCUUGCGGAAACUCAAGGAGACUCCAGGCCCAUGCUUUCUGGAGGUCCAAGCCCUGCCUGGGGCCCGAGCUGAUUUGGGACGUCCCACAACGUCGACACAUCAGAACAAGGACGCCUUCAUGAACCACCUGCGGGGACGUGAAGACAUCCUAUCCUUCUGA